ACUCUCCCUUCCACUAGACUCACUUCACAUCCAUAUUAACAAACUACUAAUUUAAACCAUGCCCUGGCCCUGCACAGUCUCUCUCUCUCUCUCUCUCUCUCGUACUUCCAUUCACACAGACAAUGCCAGACCUUUCUCCUCUUCUCCUUAUUCUCUUCUUUUCCUUUACAGUCAAAUCCCAACUCACCCUCGACUUCUACAACAAAACAUGCCCCCAGUUCUCAUCUACGUUACAAGAAAUCAUUACCGAUAAGCAAAUUGCCUCCCCUACAACCGCUGCAGCCGUCCUCCGCCUCUUCUUUCACGACUGCAUGGUGGACGGCUGUGAUGCUUCUGUCCUUAUUGCCUCCACCCCGUUUAAAAAGGCUGAGCGUGACGCUGAUAUCAAUCUCUCACUCGCUGGGGAUGCCUUCGAUCUCAUCACUCGAGCGAAAACUGCCCUUGAGCUCCAAUGCCCUGGCAUUGUUUCUUGCGCUGAUAUUCUUGCUACUGCAGCGCGCAACCUUGUUGUGAUGGUGGGCGGACCUUUCUAUAACGUUCCUUUGGGAAGGAGAGAUAGCUUAGUAUCCGACCCUUUACAUGUUCAAGGCAAUAUCGCCAGGCCUAAUCUUCCAUUAUCGGAUAUUAUAUCUAUCUUUGUAUCCAAAGGUCUUACCGUGCAAGAAAUGGUAGCUCUUGUUGGUGCCCAUACAAUAGGUUUUUCUCACUGCAAAGAGUUUGCUGGUAGAAUAUACAACUACAGCAACACUUCUCAGAUUGACCCUUCUCUUAAUCCUCAAUUCGCAGAAAGAUUAAGGAUACUGUGUGCAAAUUAUCUGAAUCAGCCGGAAAUGGCAGCGUUUAAUGAUAUAUUUACGCCGGGCAAGUUUGAUAAUAUGUAUUACAGGAAUCUGAAAAGCGGGUUGGGAUUAUUGCCGUCUGACCAAGCCAUAGCCGUGGAUAAUAGAACCAAACCAUUCGUGGAUUUGUAUGCAGCUAAUGAGGUUGAAUUUUUUCGGAAGUUUGCUCAGGCAAUGAAGAAAUUUAGCACUUUUAACAUUAAGAGUGGAAGGGAUGGAGAAGUAAGGCGUAGAUGCCAUGAGUUCAAUAAUUCCUAGGUGGCAGUAGUGUUGGUGAAAAUAAUUAAAGGAUUGAGUAGACAAGUAAAGGGUAUUUAGUACUUUUCUUUCUGUUUAUUUGGGUUUUUGGAUAGCGCUAAUGUUCCUCCAGUGUGUACGUGCCGUUUCGACAAAGAGUUUACUGCAAAAGAAGAUUGUGA